AUGAGCAUUCGUAAGACGUUGAGAAAAUGGAUAAACAAGCCAGAAACGUCACAACAAAAUGACUAUUCGUUCGCUCCGACCGCAAAGCCAGACCCGUCGUCCCCAGCCUCUAUCGAAUCAACCCCUGAAAAAUUAGCUUCAGCCAGCUCAGUCAAUACCAAGCCACCUUCGUCGUCCGUGAGUCACUCCGAUGUUGGACCUACGGAUAUCCCUCCCAAGGACCUGGACCUCUGGACACUGGCCUACGAGAAAUUGGAACAGCGCGACCAGGAGUUGAUGCAUAUGUACAAGCAAUGCUUAGGCUUAUCGCUGCAGGAUACGAGCAUCGCAGAUCUCUCUAGUUCCAAGUCUGUAAGCCUAGUCGUGGAUAGGCUAUUAGACGAUCGCGAGAAGAAACGGUGGCACUUGUCAGUCCUGGGAAAAGAUAUCGAAGUUCGAAAACAAGUUGAGAAGCUACAAAAGUUUAUCCUGUGGUCCGAUCCACUGGUUAAGGAUGCCCUCAGUGCCCAGCCAUAUGCUGCACUAGCAUGGACUGGCGUCUCAUUAUUUGUACCGCUUUUGGCCAGUGGCAUGACUGCUAACGCAGAUAUGCUUGAAGGCUUCAACAAGAUUGAUGAAUUGCAAAUUUACUGGUACCACUGCGCUCGAGUGUAUCUACCAAGAUAUCCCUCCCUGGCGGAGCACAUAUCCAAUCUCUACUCCCAUAUCAUUGAAUACCAAGCUCUAGCUAUCUGUCAUUUGUCCAAAAAGCAGCCCUCACGUGGCUGGAGCGAUGUGGCCGGCCAGAAUGACUGGAAUGGAAAGGUGGCUAAAAUUGAAGGGCUUAACCUUUUCAAGGAGACUCAAAACCAGCAACUCGCUCUUUUCGAGGAGAAGAAGCAAAAAGAGCGUAUGGAAAAGUUGGCUUCUAGUUACGAGGAAGAUAAAAACUUCCCUAAGGAAAAAACUCCAGGUACUUGCAACUGGCUUAUUCAAAAUGAGACUUUCUGCAAAUGGCGAGACUCGCUAGAAUUGAAUGUGCUUCGGGUUUCAGCGAGUCCUGGAUGUGGAAAAUCAGUCCUGUCGCGGGCGCUCAUUGAUCUACUUCAGCUAUCUACGAACCUCACGACGACAACUAUAUGUUACUUCUUCUUCAAAGACGGAAUUUCGAGCCGUGUCCAUGCCGCCGAUGUUUUGCGUGCUAUCCUGCAUCAAACCUUUAUGCAGAAUCGCACAUCAAAUGCCAUCAAAACUGCGGUUUCAAAUUACGACGACUUCAAGGACUCUUACCUCUCAAGCUUUCCUAAAUUGUGGAGCACGCUUAUCAACCAUGUCGAGUCGCCGCACUCCGGAAAUUUAGUUUGCGUCGUUGAUGCUCUAGACGAGUGCAAAAUGGAUGAGAGAAAGCUGUUCAUUGACCACUUGAAGGCAUUUUAUCGUGACGCAAAGUUCCCACAUAAACUCAAAUUUUUGGUCACCACUCGUCCCUACGUCAAAAUCGAGUCUCUGUUUUGGGAUGUAUUGGAAAACACCUCCUUUGCGCACGUUGAGGGCGAUCGCUUGUCCACUGAGAUCAGGGAGGACAUCAAUAUGGUCAUCGAUGCGAGAGUGAAAGAGAUGAAGCCGAUUUUCAGAGACAAUGGACCGAAGAUCGCCAGUCAAUUGAGAGCCAUGGAAAAUGGUACCUACCUUUGGUUGCAUCUUGUCCUCGAUAUCAUUGAGAAAUCACCAGAGCUAUACACGAGGCUAGAUGAGGUUCAAGACCUGUUUUCAAGUCUGCCACGCGAUGUUUCGGACGCAUAUGACCUUAUUUUGAAAAAGGUCGAGCAUCCUCAACCGGCGGAGGCUCUUCUCCAACUCAUGUCAGUUGCAGAAAGACCGUUGACUUUGGUGGAAGCAAACUCCGCAUUGGCAUUGACGCUCGUUCUGCAAAAGCAACCAUCAAUCUCUUUUGAGGGCUUGAAAAGCAAGUUGUGGGGAGGUGAUGUUUUUGAGGCAACUAUGAAAAGCAUAUGUGGCCUUUUCGUCACCGUAUACCACGGAAGGCUGUUUUUCAUUCAUCAAACAGCACGGGAGUUUUUAACUUCCGCAACACCGAGUGGAGAGUGGAAAGGUCGAUUGAAUGUGACCAAUGCCCACAGAACAAUGUCCAUUGUGUGUCUCUCAUAUCUGCGCUAUGUGUACCUAUCAAAACUUGACAUCAAUUGUCUUUCGGACUUCGAGACGUUGAUAGACGAGUUUCCACUGGCGAUUUACAGUGCAUGGUUCUGGACGGAUCACGCAAGGCUUGUUGACCAUGAGAGCAUCAUUCAAAACCGAAGUUUGGAGAUGCUUCAGCAAACCGAGUUCACAAAGAUGUGGCCAACCCUCAUAACUGCUAUUCGUAUUUGGCAUCAAAGCCCAGCGACCAAAGCAAGCUUUGAUGGUGCCUCUGGAGCUCGGCAAAACAAGCUCAAUAACAACAUGCGGAAGCAAUUCGCCACGGACAAGGUGAAGCAUCGGGCUCCAGGGAAGGAAGCACCUUUGUACAUCGCCUCGGCAGCAGGGAUGCAAAACGUUGUACAUUUAUUAUUGAAAGCGGAUGAGAAACCCGUACCAGGGAAAUAUUUGGGUGCCCUCGAGGUCGCCGCGCUGAAUGGUCAAAAAGCGGUUGUGGAGAGCCUACUAAUCUCGGAACUUAUGAUGGCUACCCCAAGAGAAUAUCUGGCUCUCGCCCUUAAAAAUGCCUCUCGUGAGGGUCACGACGAGAUCGUGGAGCUACUUUUGCAUCAUAGAGCUCCUACCAACGCUGAGAGAUUCGGCUAUGGCACAACACUUUAG